GUAUAAGUCUGUUUGUUUAAUUUAAUGGAUUAAUGGAUACAAAUAGCUUUUGAGUAUAGCUAGAAGGCAACUUUGAAUUCAAUUAAACAUAUAAAUGUAAAAAGAAGUAGUCAGUCACAACUUCUCCACAUUUUCUAUCCAAUUGUCUUGGAAGUAGUUCAACUGAUUAUUGUAUGUCCAUUUCCAUGAGUUGUUUUUGCCUUACCAGAAGUAGAUCAAAAGUUAAGCACGAACAAUCUUCCAUACUUGCUUCCGAGACAUCAUUUACUGUGAAUGAGGUUGAGGCUUUAUUUGACUUGUUUAAGAAACUAAGCAGUUCAAUUAUUGAUGAUGGCUGCAUUCACAAGGAGGAGUUCCAACUUGCACUUUUUAGAAAUAGUAGCAAGCAAAAUCUACUUGCAAGCAGGGUAUUUGAUAUGUUUGAUAUUAAGCGUAAUGGAGUUAUCGAAUUUGGUGAAUUCGUUCGUUCCCUAAGCAUCUUUCAUCCACGGGCAUCCGAGGACAAGAAAAUUGAAUUCGCGUUUAAACUGUUUGAUCUUCGAAAUACCGGAUACAUUCAACAUAGUGAGUUAAGGGAGAUGGUAUUGGCUACUUUGAAUGAAUCAGAAGUUACCGUUUCAGAUGAUAUUGUUGAAUCCAUCGUGGAAAAGACAAUGAUGGAGGUUGAUUCAAAAGGAGACGGGAAGAUUGAUAUGGAAGAGUGGAAAGAAUACGCGGCAAAAAAUCCUUCUCUUCUUAAGAUCAUGACUCUGCCAUAUCUAAAGGAUAUAACUAUGGCAUUUCCAAGCUUCGUUUUGCACACCGAAGUGGAAGACUAGCUGCAAACAAUUGAAGACGAAUGCACGCCAAAAGGAUUGCAUCUAUAGAAUAGAAUGUAUUGUAAUUGUGUAUAAGUAUAAUCAUGUGUUGAAAACACCAUUUUGUAUAAUCAUGUGUUGAAAGCACCAUUAAGUAUUAACUUUAAAGGACUAACAAGCAUCAAUUUCAUUUGCAUCAGCAUAGAAUGAUUUUAUUGGAACAUAAGAAAUGGAAUCAGAUUCGGUCCGAAUGUACGAGGUGUCGAUAG